UUCGUUCAACAUGGGGGAUGAACGGUGAACAGUUGUUUUGAUCGUCAGUACGAGUAUCUAUGUACUACCUCCUACAGUAUCUAUGUACUACGAGUUACGAUUGACAAGUGCGCAUUCCGCAACAGCCACAAAUGCAUUUCCAUGAUGAGCAUAGAAUAUAAUUUAUUAUUAACGAAAUGGUUAUGCUUAUUGAAGUGUUAAAUAUUGAAACCUUGUACACACAAUAAUAUAUAGUUAUACACGGUACCUGUAUAAACAAUGUUAUUAGGGCUACAGAGUUCCUAUUUUAUAGAGACCCGUUAAAUUUCUACCGGAACGUCAAUCGAAAACGUUUAUAAAUACAUAAUUUAUAAAUAUGCAUACUUCGGGAGAUUUUAUUCUGCAUGGAGGUGACAGAGCAUUUGCAAGCAGACAAAAACUAUUGUUUGAAAAAUUGUCAGAUGCGGAGCAACAGUGUCAUAGGACUAAGUCAUUUAUUGAAUCCACUGAUGAAGAUAUGAUUAUCGAUGAAAUAAGUAAUUCUCAAAUUGUAAGGUCUGGUUUAAAACGAAAAUAUGAAACAAGAAGACUUCGCGGUAAAGAAAGUAUUUUUAAGCGACCUGAAGGUCCUGCACCACGUGCUGCUAGCAGAACUAUACCAGACUAUCAUAAGAACCCUCAUAAAUGGGUCAAAUAUAGUUUAGAUGAUGUAUCUAACGAUGAUAUGACAGAACAAAGCAAUACGAGAGCUGCUUUAUCAUUCCUAAAUGAAUUAAGAGCAAGAAGAUCAUUUGAACAAAUGGAAGACACAGAGAAAAUGGAUUUAUCUGAAUUUUCAACUGACAAGGAACCAACUAAGAUUGUUUUUAAAUCAAGAAAAGUUAAACCAACUUCAGAUGUUCAGUUCAAAGCGCCAAAAAGUGAUACUGAGAAGAUCUUCAACAAGCCAGUGAUUGUUGAUCAUGAUGACAAACCAGUAUUUAGAAACAGUAAAAUUAUUAUGCCAGAGUAUGUUGUUGGACAAAAACAAACAAAGAAAAUUAAGAAGGAUAAACCGAAGCAGAUAUCAAAAAUAGAUCGUUUGAUACAACUUAAAUUGGAUCACCUAGAAGAAUUGGAUGAAGAACAAGAUUGAACAUCUUUUUAAUACAUUCAGUUAAGCAUCUAUAUAUGGUAUAUUAGCUAUUUCUUUUCAUUUAUUAAUGUACCUUAUAUGUAACAAUAAUAAAAUAUUACAAUUCA